CCUCGGUAUGAUAUCUACACCGCGAUGAGUCGGGAAAAAAAACCCAGUCGACUACCAUUUCAUCAUCAUGUGUGGAAUCGUUGCAGUCCAUGGCCUCACAAACCCUUCUGCCGAACGUGCUCAUCUAGUUGCGCUCUCCAAACGCGUCCGUCACCGUGGGCCCGACUGGUCUGGCUGCUACGUUGGCAAGGAAGCUAUCCUCUGCCAUGAACGGUUGGCGAUCGUCGGUAUCGACUCGGGAGCCCAACCUCUCUUCAGUGAUGACCGCAAAAUUAUACUUGCCGUCAACGGAGAAAUCUAUAACCACCUUGCCCUUCGCUCCAGUUUUGGCUCAGAUGUCAAAUUCAACACUCGCUCCGAUUGCGAGGUUAUCAUCCCUCUUUACAAAAAAUAUGAUAAAGAUCUUUGCGACAUGCUGGACGGCAUGUUUUCUUUCGUUCUCUUGGAUGAGUCUGUAACUCCGACACGCAUCAUUGCUGCACGCGACCCCAUUGGUAUCACCACUCUCUACCAAGGCUGGAACUCUAAGAAGCCUGGCGCAACGUACUUCGCUUCGGAGCUCAAAGCCCUCAUAAACGACUGCGAUGAGAUCAUCUCGUUCCCUCCCGGGCAUGUGUAUGAUAGCCGUGACAAUUCCACUACACGAUACUUCCAGCCUUCGUGGUGGUCCACUGACGACGAGAAUGCACCCGCACCAACAUCUCCAGUCGACUAUACUCUUCUCCGUGAGACACUCGAAGCGGCUGUCCGGAAACGCCUGAUGUCCGAGGUUCCAUAUGGGGUCCUCCUGAGCGGAGGGUUGGAUAGUAGUCUGAUCGCUACCAUCGCCGCGCGAGAGACCGACAAGCUAGCCCAGGCACAUUUCGAGGCACGUCAGAAGAAGCUGUCUGAAUGGUCACCCAGUGGACCGCCUACACCGAAGGAUAACUUAAACCAAAAGGCCAUGCUAGCGACUUGGCCGCAACUUCACUCAUUCUCCAUAGGUUUAGAGAACUCCCCAGACCUUUUCGCUGCGCGAAAGGCCGCUGUGUUCCUAGGAACCAAACAUCACGAAUUCGUCUUUACUGUACAAGAGGGGUUGGAUGCCAUACCAGACGUGAUACACCAUCUUGAGACCUACGAUGUCACAACAGUUCGCGCCAGUACGCCUAUGUACUUGCUCAGCCGAAAGAUCAAGGCCAUGGGUGUGAAAAUGGUACUCAGCGGCGAGGGCAGCGACGAGAUUUUGGGAGGAUACCUGUACUUCCACGCUGCUCCUGACAGCAAAUCCUUCCACCAGGAAUGUGUUCGCCGAGUCAAGAACCUCCAUACCGCCGACUGUCUCCGAGCUAACAAGUCGACGAUGGCUUGGGGUUUGGAAGCUCGCGUACCCUUCCUUGACAAGAAAUUCCUCGAAGUAGCGAUGAACGUCGAUGCAAAGGAAAAAAUGUUUUCCAAGGGAUCUUCACAGGAAUUUGACAGCGAUGGUCGCCCAAAGAUGGAAAAGUAUAUCCUGCGGAAGGCAUUCGAUUGUGCACCAGACGGCAAGCCUUACCUCCCUAAGUCCAUUUUAUGGCGUCAGAAGGAACAAUUCUCGGAUGGUGUGGGAUAUUCCUGGAUAGAUGGGAUGAAAGAUCACGCAGCUACAGUAGUCUCCGACGAGGCAUUCGCUAAACGAGCUGAACGUUGGGCAGUGGACACCCCUGACACUAAAGAAGCUUAUUGGAUCCGAGAAAUCUUCGAAGGUCAUUUCCCCUCAGACACGGCCGCCAGGACUGCGGUGCGGUGAGUACUAAAGGCCCAUCAUACAUGUUGAUCGUUUUGUCUCAUCUAUAUCUCCGUACACAACAGGUGGAUACCACGAGGAGAUUGG